GUGAGGAUUUUUGCACGAAAGGGAUGCUGAAUUGCAGAAUAUGAGUCAGCGCGUGUCUGUGAGCUGAGGUGGAGUGUGUCUCUCCCGUUGCACGGCUGUCUCGGUCCGCCACAAACCUUCCUACGCCAGGAUGCAGCUGCUCAGAGUUGCGUGGGCACUGACCGGAGCAGCGAUCUGCUGCUUUCUGCUUCUCCUCAUUCACUCCCGCCUGCUCAAAGAAGGCCAGCUGGCAGCGGGGACAUGUGAGAUUGUGACGCUGGACAGGGACAGCAGCCAACCACGGCGGACCAUCGCCAGGCAGACGGCCCGCUGCGCCUGUAAGAAGGGCCAGAUCGCUGGAACUACAAGAGCCAGACCUGCCUGUGUGGACGCUGGUAUUGUUCGGAAAAAGCAGUGGUGUGAGAUGGUGCCGUGUUUGGAGGACGAAGGCUGUGACCUGUUAGUCAAUAAAUCUGGCUGGACUUGUACACAGCCCGGAGGCCGAGUCAAAACCACCACGGCUCUAUGACGCGACAAGAGUCCCCCUCGACACUCUUGCACUAUGGAGAGCAUUGAUGACCCUUUGACAGACAGCCAAAAACCAUCUGCCAACACCACCCUACCACCACCACCACCAACAACAUCACAACUACUCCACCCAAACCCUGGUCCCGCAAAGGCAGGAAGCAACACAAGCAGCUACAGAGCACCAAGGGCCUCAUGGAGGCAGCAAGGUCUCAUAACACAGCCAGGGACGGGAAAACCAGGGAGUGACUGUUUAAGGGAGCAAACGCUCCCUUGGACACUGGACAAACUACUCGCUGUAAAACACUUUCCAUUUCCUAUGACUGGCCCCCUCGGGAUUGUGACUGCUCCCUCGUGCCAUCUGUCGUUGGGUCAAAAUGUUGCGUCGACCUCCUCUCCACUCUAUCUGCCUGCUCUGUGAAAUUAGCAGCGCCUGCUUGUGCUAUGGAGAAUCGGACACCUAAAAAUCCUACGAAUGGUUUUUGCCUCAGUUGAGGUACUUUGUUUGAAACUGAAACAAAGACAGGGAAAUUACAGACCGGACCCUGUUGCUUGUUGGACCACUUCGCGAGGCCGUAAAAGCCAAACUGAGCGCUCUCUGCUGUGAAUAGGCCUUCUGCUGGAGUAAACCUCCCAUAUUUUUAUAGACCAAAGAGCAAAACAACAAAUAUGAUCAUUAUGCCAGAGUGGACCAUGUGGCAAAGACACACAGACACUUUGUGAACUUGCUGUUUGUGUCACCACCAACCAACGACUGCCCCCCUCAGAGGCACGCUGCACAAGUGGGCCGAUGCAAACCGAACGGUGGCACAUGUACCGUACACAAUCAAAGGAGUACUUUUAAAACUUUCCAGACAUUUUUUUUCUCAGACUAAGCCCACCACUGUAUUUUGGAACUGGAGAUAUAGGUACUACAUAAUAUAACUGUGUAUCAAAAAACAAAAAAACAAAAACAAAACAAAAAAAAACGAACUGAUUUGCAUUUUUCAGUAGCUACGGGUGGGAGAGUUUGCCGGAAGUGUUGUCGAGUUGGUCACAGAUCAGGAGCGCGGAUCAUAUCAGAGAGAUGAUGAAUAUCUACAGAGUAUAAAUGCUAUCGAGUCUGAAAAUAAGGAGUAAAGAAAUGUCAUUAAAUGUAUUUUGAAAGGCCCUAAAAAGUUAUAUAUUUAACAGUUUUAUAUGUUGUACCUUUGUAGAGAAGCUUAUUGGACUUAAAAUGUGGUCACAAUGGCAGUUUAGUAGGAUGUGAACAAAUGCUGUUGUUCUCAUUACUGCUGGCUCGUAGUCCCAGGUUUUCUGUUCACACCUCAGUAGCCGCUUUCUUUUCAUGGUCAUCUACAAGUCACUGUCUAUCAGAAUCAUUAAUGGAAAAAAUAAGGAAAGUGACACAAUUUAUUGAGGACUGAUC